AAGGAGAGGACAUAUUUUUGCUAAUAUUCCAAAGGAGCCCUCCAAAUCUCCCAUUGAUCCAAGCUGGUUCCUCCUAGGCUCCACCCUAGCAAUUUGACUAGCCGUCAAAAUUUGAUUGGUUGGGAAGAAAAAGUCAAAGGAGGAGGAAAAUUCAACAAUUCCCAUUUCCAAGCAAUCAAAUCCUGACAUGUCACUAUUUAACAUUGCAUUUCUUAUCUCCACACAACCCCCAACCUCUAAGAAAAGCCCUAAUUUCACCACCCAAUUUUCUUGUCAUCAAUUAACCCAUCACAAUUUUCUUUAUUUUCUUUGAUUUUUGUCCAAAAAAGAUUCAAACUUUAUUAUUUUCAAAACAACCCAAAAGGAGUAAGUGCUCCCCUGCAAUGAUUUUACCCCAAUAAUUCACCUUCACGCACCAAAAAAGAAAAAAGAAAAGAAAAGAAAAUUCUUAUUAACUUGAGCUACCCAGACCACAGAUAUGCUGGAAACUGCAGUGUUGCUGGAUAAUCCGGGCGGCGGAGGAGGCGCUGCCGCGGUGGCGGAGCCGCAGAAUGACGGCGGCGGUGGGGAAGAAGAGGGCGGCAACCAGAACUCCGGCGGCGGCAACCGGUGGCCGCACGAAGAAACGCUCACUCUGCUCAAGAUUCGCUCUGAAAUGGACCUUGCAUUUCGUGAUUCCACCCUCAAAGGCCCUCUCUGGGAUGAAGUUUCAAGGAAAAUGGAGGAGUUUGGGUAUCAGAGAAGCGCGAAGAAGUGCAGGGAGAAGUUCGAGAACAUAUACAAAUAUCAUCGGAGAACCAAGGAGGGCCGAUCCGGGCGGCAAACCGGGAAGAACUACCGAUUCUUUGAGCAGCUGGAGGUUUUCGACGCCAUGCAGAGCCACAACAAGAUCGGCGGCGCCGCCGCGGCGGAGCCGCCGGAGUUGGCGUCUCCGUCGCCGGUGGCGAUGAUAAAGCCCAACACCAACAUAGUGCAGGAUUUCAGAAUGCGGCCUCACGGCUUCGGCGCCGACGCCGACGUACUGUCGGCGUCGACGUCGACGACGUACUCCUCCGGCGGGAGCUCCGGGAGGAAGAGGAAGCUGGCGGGGUAUUUCGAGAAGAUGAUGAAGGAGGUGCUGGAGAAGCAGGAGGAUCUGCAGAAGAAGUUUCUAGAAGCAAUAGAGCGGUGCGAGAACGAGAGAAUGGCGAGAGAAGAAGCAUGGAAGAAACAAGAAAUUGAAAGGCUAAAGAGAGAACAAGAAUCCCUAGCCAAAGAGCGCGCCAUUGCAGAGGCAAAAGACGCCGCCGUCAUCGCUUUUCUGCAGAAAAUCUCAAAACAACCAAUCCUCGUACCUCACAAACCUCAGUCCGAGGAUGUUCAAGAAUUUGCGGCGCAGACAAAGGAGAAUGGCUCUGGAGACACCACAAUCUCCUCAUCAUCAUCAUCAUCCAGAUGGCCUAAACCCGAAAUUGAAGCUCUGAUCCAAAUCAGAACAAAUCUGGACCUUCAACACCAUGACAAUGGAUCAAAAGGCCCCUUGUGGGAAGACAUCUCAGCUGAGAUGAAGAAGCUCGGAUACGAUAGAAACGCCAAAAGAUGCAAGGAGAAAUGGGAGAACAUAAACAAGUAUUACAGGCGAGUAAAAGACAGCAAUAAGAGAAGGCCAGAGGACUCGAAAACCUGCCCUUAUUUCCACAUUCUUGAUUCCCUCUAUCAAACCAAGUCGAGAAAAGUCGAGCUAAGUCCCACCCCAGAUCUUCCCAACUUCAACCUCAAAGCCGGGGAAAUGUUACUGCAAAUCAUGACCCAAAACCAACACCAACAACCCGGGAAAGAGGACGGGGAAAGAUCAAACGCCCAUCAAACCCAAGAACACGACGAAGAUAGCGAAGAAAGCGAAGAUGAUGAGUUCCAGAUUGUUGCCAACCAAGCUAGCUAGCUCUCAAUGUGAUUUGGAGGGUAAGGUAAAGAUUCCAUUUUUUUUCGGGUGGCACCUUAAUAUGCAUAUUUAAUCAUACCAUACAUUGUUGGGUAAAUAGUGAUACAGAAUAGGUGUUAAGCUGUUUUGCAUAUUCCCUGUCCUUGUGUCUUUACAAGUUCAAAUUGGUCAGUUUGUGUUUGUUUGUAGUUUGUACCCCCCCCCCCCCCCCCCCCCAAAGUACAGACCUAAAUCUCAUUGAUUGCUUCUUUAUUUAUUGCAAUAAAACCAUCCACAGUGGUGAAAUACUUCGAAUUUUA